ACUAAUAGUCAGCUUGUUGGUUGGCUAAGCUUUCAUAGGGAUUGGUAUGGUAGUUGCUGCAUGUAUGGCUUAUGUAUCCAAAUGCACUUAAUGCAUCUACCGGCAUUCAGUCGACUCUUGCAUUACACGAAUCAGAAUUUCCUUGCUUUGUGCAAUUCAAAAUUUGUAUGGUAUCAGGCGCUAAUGCGGAGCCUUGGUUGUCAUUCAAUUUCUUUUUUAACAUUCUUCAUCUCCAACCUCUAAACAAUUGGUUACUAGUCACAAACCCAUCUACUCCGUUUUACCUCCAUCAUGGUGAGAAUAAUCAUUUAUCCUUGUUUCUCCCCCAUGAGACAGAGAUAAUUACUAUGCUUGGGUUUGUGCAAUCUAGCUUUUUAUGAUGUUAAAUAAACUUAAGUUUAUAGAUGGAAGUUUGGAGCCACCCCUAUCCUCAAACUUCAUAUACGAACCUUGGACCAGAUGCAACAUUAUGGUGAUAUCUUUCAUCUUGCAUUAAAUUUCAAAUUCUAUUAUAGGAAGACAACUAACUAUAUGUUGUUUUGGCAAAUUGUGCUCGUCUUCUGCUCGUUUACAUGAUAUAUUUGUAGUACAAAUAAUAAUAAUACCAGCAUUUUCCCACCUUUUGGAUAAUACUACACAACAAUCCUAAAACAAAUGUGUGGAAAGAUUCUCAAGAAAGGUUAUUACAAGGUGAUAUUUUCAAGUGGCUGAAAUUCAAGAGCCCUAUUGAUUCCAACACUGAAUCUUAGAGUAUCUUAGUAUUUAUAUAAUUGAAGGACAUGGAUGAAAACUUCUGAGAGCCUGCACUUAAUAAGACUGUGACUUAGUGAUUUAGUGUGAGGUCUUAAAUUGUGUUAAUUGGCCCACCACUGAGCAUUGUAAAGCAUUUUAUCCAGUGAUUCAAGAAUGGAGACAAAUGAUAACCCCUCUAAUCAUUGGUGUUAAUGACAAUUUUGUUGUCAUAGCCUCAAAUUCAUUCUUUUCAGAGAAUCGAUGGUAGGAUCGCAAGGCAAAAUAGGACGAUUUUAUUGUAUUCAUGGUGAAAUAUCCCACCCACCGUGCGUUUAGCCACAACUCUAAUUUAAAGCUUCUAAACGUACCACCGUCGAACCAAACAUAAGCUAAGAUAUACCUAAGGCUGGACAAAAUUCAAAACAUAGUAAGAUUUGCUCUCGAUGUGGAAGGAAUAACCAUUCCAUGGAUACAUUCUACUUCAAGCAUGGACUUCCACCAGAUUUGCAAAAAAGGGAAAUAAGGCAGGAGUGAAUUUCAUGCAAUGAACCUGAAUUAGCCACAUAUAGUGGUCAAAAUUCUGCAAAAUUCGGAAUAACUUUCACACGAGCAGUAUUAAAAAGUAAUUGAUCUUACUUCAAUUUUUUUUGCAGAGGAUGUAGUCUCCAGCAUGGCAGCCAAAGGCUUUACCUUAGGCAAAGAUGCUGUCAACAAAGCAAAGACUUUUGAUGAGAAGCUCCAGUUAUCAUCAAAAGCCUCCGUAACAGUUGCAUCUAUUGACCAAAAACUUGGGCUUAGUGAGAAAAUAGGUGCUGGUGCUUCAGUUGUGGGUGAUAAAGUUCGAGAAGUGGAUCAAAAGUUUCUCGUUUCCGAAAAGACAAAAUCAGCAUUUGCAGCUGCGGAACAGACAGUCAGCACCGCUGGUUCUGCCAUAAUGAAGAAUCGCUAUGUACUUACUGGGGCCUCUUGGGUAACGGGUGCUUUUAACAGGGUUUCUAAGGCAGCUGUGGAAGUAAGCCAAAAAACAAAAGAGAAAGUGGAGAAUGCAGAACAGCAAGAGAAGCGACAGGUUGAAGAUCAGUAUGCACAGGUCCUUUCCGAGCCCUCAAAAGCAGCAGCAGCAAGUGAGCAGUAGUCUUCCAAGCUUGGUCCUGCUCCUGCUCAGGGUUUGAUCCUCUGAUUUGCUUCUUCCGUAUAUAUUUAUAUUGUUUGAAACUCCUGUUUCCAGACUAUCUUGUAUUUGUUUUUUGCAAAUUGGAUGUGAAUGAACGAUAGGUUUGACCAGUUA